GUGCAAAUAAAAAAAUGUCUCUAGUUUAUGCCCUCUAGUACUAGGUUGUGCAUGAAACAUGCUACUCUUAUGUGUACAGGAAACUACUUGAAUUUCAAUGAACUUCCCCAACACCUCACCCCAGUACCUGAAGAAAACAAGAUUAAUAGAGAGAAUUUAGGUUGUUUUUUCGUCUGCCAAGCUACUGUUCCACACUCCAGUCCGGUAGGUGGCGAUAAUCAGUAAUAGUCAAGUAACAAAACAGGAGUAGGCAAUAAUCAUCAAGAUUUAAUCUAUGAAUUGUUGUUUACUGAUUCAAAGUUAGCCAGUCAGAGAAAAGACAUAAAGUUCAUGUGGGUACCAGCCCAUUUAGGGAUUCUGGGAAAUGAAAAGGCAGACAAGCUAGCAAAGGAGCGGGUCAAGGGAGAACUAGUGAAUAUUAAUUGACUGUCAAAAUCAGAGGGGAAAGCAUAGUGUGGAAGUAAAUAAUUAGGCAAUGGUAACAGUAAAGUAGGAGUGGACAGAAAUAGUGUAGUAACAGAAACGAGUGACGGAUAAAAGCAGUGGGAGACAGUGAUCCAACUCAAAGGAUACCAACUGCCGUAAAAUACCAAAGAAGAAGACGACAACGACGACGACGACGAAGAAGAAAGAGAUAGCCGGAAAUUACGCAAAAUGUUUGCGGUCGGGGCUUGCGGACAUAGAAGAAGCUAAAUAUAGCUUAGCUGUUAAUACCUAUUCAGUUUUCAUGUCUUCCACUACUGCUGUAAUGGCUUGAACAAACCUUCAGCAUUUCUUGAGCCUGCAAGAGGAGUCAAAAGGUAUUUUCAAAACAACGUAGCAGCCAGUGAGUUACCACCUGGAGAAACAAUGUCCAACCGUCUGGCCUUCCAGACCCAGCUGGCCUCCAUCAUGGAGGUUCUUGCUAAUGCAGCGGUGGCGGAGAUCUGUAAGCUGGUGGACGACGACUAUGCGGUGGUGAGUUUACAGAUGUCUCAGUGCCAGAGGGAGAACAAGGCCCUGAAGAGAAAGCUGCAUCUGCUGGAGUUAAAGAUGGCUCGAGGAAAUGCCGAGAGGAGGCUCCGGGAGAGCGCCUUGAACAGUAACGUUAGCCGACCCAGGGUCCAGAUAAAUAACGACAGGCUCGGGGAACCUUCGCCUGCUCCCGGUGGUGUGUUUGAGCGACAGUUGGAUGUGGCUCUGUGGUCUGGCAAAGCCACUGAAGGGGACACAACCAGUGAGCCAAUCCAUUCUGACAGCAUCCAAAGUAAAUCACCAGAUGUGGAGCUGGUGGAGCCAGAGGCACUGCUGGUGAAGGAGGAGAAGGUGGAGGCAAACAUGUCACAACAUGAAGAAAUAGAAGAAGAUGUGCCACUCAUUAGAGAUGAUGGAGUGGUGGAGUGUGUUCCCUGUGGAGCUGCAGGACAGAGACCCUUUCUUGAACAGCAGGACACCCAGUCCACUUCCAGCCAGUCCCAGUCCCAGACCCAGAUCCAGAGCAGCAGGACGAGGCAUAGUAGCAGCAGCGGCAGCAGAGGAGUGGAGUGUGUGCAGAAGGAGGAGGAACCAGAUGUGGUGCUGGUGAAGGUGGAGGAGGUAGAGCUAGUGACGGGAGCCCAGAGCCAGCCAGGCCUCAGCAUACAGGAAGGGUUGGUGGAGUCGAGCACAGAUGACUACAGAGGAGUGCUGCCUUUUGAUGAAACCACACAAACCUCUACCAAUCAGCUGUCUGACCUGCAGGAGUCUGGGCCAGGCUUCUCAGAGCAGUCUGUAGCACCACAGUCGACCCACAGGAUAUCAGAAGACUCCAGCAGUAUGGUGGCAGUCCAGCUGAGGGUACCAGACACCAACACACCAGCCAGCCCCAACACACAACAGCAACAACAACAACAGAGAUCCAGCAACAGCAACCCACUCAGCUCUGAAUACUCCUUGUUUGAACUGGAGACAUUUUUCACCCGCUGGGCACCUGAUAAUGACUCUGCAACAGCCCCUGCUGCUCCUUCAUGUUCUUUCACCACUGAUGACUCUGCAGAGUGUGACCAGAAUGGAGUUAUUAUCGCAGAUACUCAUCUGCAACCUCAACGUGUGCUCCAGCCACCACAAGGUUCAGCCUCUUCAGCAGUGAGGAGUGGGCAGAGCAGCCAGAGUUUCUCCUCAGUAUCCAGCCAUGCGAGAGUUCACAUUCAGCCGACUGUCUCACAAGCCUUGCCAGCAGCAAUAUCUGUGUCCAUACCUUUGCGGAUGCAGGCUCCACCUUCCCAGCUUCCAUGGAGCAGAACACCAGCCAUGAUAAGAAGUGCGCAGGCUCAGCUGCUGCAUCGUAACACCAACAGGAUGUCCCAGCAACAACCUAACAUUCACUCUGUACAACCCCCACUGUCCACUACCAUAGCUGCUGUAAGUAAUCCUAACAGCGCUGAUAAAACAGGUAUCUCUAGUAUCAGUUCAACCAGUAGUAGUCACUCAGCUCUACCAGUGAGGGGAUCCACAGCAGCUUUGGCCAGCAUUGAUGUGGCCAUUGCUGCACACCAUCAAGCCAGCCUCCUGGGUCACCACAACAAAAAUCAAGCUGCCAGUGUGGUGCCCGGUGAUCGCCGCAGGAAGAGCUACAUAUGCCGAGCCUGCGGCAAGGCUUUCUCUGGCCUGUCCAAUCUGGAGGCCCACAAGAGAGUCCACACCGGGGAGAAACCUUUCCGCUGCGACACCUGCGGGAAGCGUUUCUCAGAGGCCGGGAACCUAAAGAAGCACCAGAGAGUUCAUACUGGGGAAAAACCGUUCAGCUGCGACCAAUGUGGGAAAAGGUUUGCUUGGAUCUGCAACCUGAGGACGCACCAGCAGUCUGCCACAGGCUGCGGACAACAGGCCAGGGUAGAGUUAGGACUGGGCUGAUCAGUGGUGGAGGACAGGACUGUUAAUGCAAGUAGUACUUUAUUGGAAAAACAAAAACAUCCACACAGGGGUAUACUGCCUUUUCUUUGUUCAUAAUUAGUGGUAUGGCAGCAAUAAAAAUGUGAAACAGUGA